AUGGACCUGUUCUCCGCCGCCUGCGAGAACUUUGGGCUGGUCAUCAACAUGCAGAAGACGGUGGCGAUGCGCCAACCGCCACAUGACACCUCCACUCCCCCCAACGCGCCGCAAAUCAGCGUGAACGGAACCCAACUGCGAGUGGUGGAGAACUUCCCGUACCUGGGCAGCACCCUCUGCCAUAACACCAAGACCGAUGACGAUGCCGCCCACAGGAUUUCGAAAGCCAAUCAAGCCUUCGGCCGCCUCCAAAGCACAGUUUGGAAUCGUCACGGUCUCCAACUAAGCCCGAAGUUGAAGAUGUAUAAGGCCGUCAUCCUGCCGACGCUGCUGUACGGAGCGGAGACUUGGACGGUGUACGCAAAGCAGGCACGUCGACUAAACCACUUCCACCUCAGUUGUCUUCGUCGCAUCUGGAGACUGAACUGGCUGGAUCGAAUCCCCGACACUGAUGUGCUGGAACGGACGGGAAUGCUCAGCACCUACACCAUGCUGAAAAAAAUGCAGCUGCGCUGGAGCGGCCAUCUGGUGCGCAUGGACGACGAGCGACUAAGCAAAGGACUCUUCUACGGAGACGUCGCGACGGGCUCUUGCCGCCAAGGAGGCCAAAUUCGUCAAUACAAGGGUACUCUGAAGUCCUCCCUGAAGUAUCUGCGAACUAACCCGACCAACUGGGAAGAGCUCGCACACGAUCGACCGACCUGGAGGAGAACAGUGAAGACUGCUGCUACGAUCUACGACGCGAACCCCAUUUCAGCCGUGAAAGCCGACGUGAAGCACGCAAGUCCCUGCUGCGCCCAUCCCUCAAUUCGAACGCACAACCGCUUCCAACGUGUCCUUGAUGUCAUCGGACAUUUCGGGCACGAAUUGGACUUGUUGGACAUCUUCGGAUCAAUUGCAACUUUCGAACCGCACCAACCGUCGUCCCUUCGUCCACCUCUUCCUUGUCUUCUCUGCAGUCAACUAAUUUUGACACUUCCAUCCUCCUCCUUCUCCUUUCCUUCCACCAUUUCCACCAUUCACAUCAAUGCUACUCACAAUCCUGACGCAGCAACAAACGCCAAUACAACAUCGACGACACCAGUGAUGAUGAUCUGUAUUAUACCUGUCCUCAUUGGGCCUGAACCUUCACCUCACACAUCGGCCUGUUCGGUCACUUACACAGAGUGCGGCGAGCCAAUACCUGGAUCACCAACAUACACCCGCCGCACCCUCCUACACUGUCCACACUGUCCUCGCACACUCAUGCAUCCCAUUGGCCUAUUCGGCCACAUGUGUAUCCAUGAGAGCUGA